GUUUGAUAUUGAUACGUCAGUGGUUAUUCAGUUGACAUGACAAUGUAUGAUACGAACUUGUAUUUAUUAUUUGCACUUAUUUAUCCGUUGCUUUAGUAGUGUCUUAAAUAACUAACAGAACCGCAAAAUGGCUUAUCAAACUCUCAAGCAGGAGUACCUGAAUAUGCCCCCGGUUACGAGGGCAUACACGACUGCCUGUGUCAUCACCUCCCUCGCUGUGCAACUCGAACUGACGUCACCAUUCCAGCUGUAUUUUAAUCCGAUUUUAAUAUAUAAGGGGCAAAUAUGGAGGCUGAUUACGACGUUUUUGUUCUUCGGCACAUUCGGAUUUAAUUUCUUUUUUAAUAUGAUAUUCACGUAUAGGUAUUGCAGGAUGUUGGAGGAGGGCUCGUUUCGAAAUCGCACCUCUGACUUUGUCACAAUGUUCCUGUUCGGUGGAGGUUUAAUGAUUGCUAUUGGGUUCUCAGUAAAUUUACUGUUCUUGGGUCAAGCCUUUACAAUAAUGCUGGUGUAUAUAUGGUCACGAAGAAAUCCGUUUUUCCGGAUGAAUUUCUUCGGUCUAGUUAAUUUUCAAGCCCCCUACCUACCGUGGGCCCUUCUAUCAUUUUCGGUACUAUUAGGAAACACAGUGUAUAUAGAUUUAAUAGGCAUCGUCGUCGGGCACAUUUACUAUUUUAUCGAGGACGUUUUUCCAAACCAAAGAGGAGGUUUCAGAAUUCUAAAGACGCCAACGAUAUUAAAAACAAUUUUUGAUAAUCACACGGAUGAUCCGGACUAUGUCCCGUUGCCGGAGGAACGCCCCGGUGGCUUCGAUUGGGGACAAAACAGGCAGGACGAGAACCAGGCCCCGCCACAACAAGAAGACCGUCAGUAAUUACAAUUGUGAUGAAUAGAAAAACACAUACAUACCCAUAAAAUUGUACAAAUAGCGAACUUUGUAAUAUACCCCCUCCGUAAUUGAUGAACUAUAUUUUUGAGAUUAUUUUUGUUUUAAAUGUUUGUAUUAUAAUUAUUAUUAAUACUACAAUUGUAUAAUGUUCUGUAAUAAACAAUUUUUAGUCAUU